GCUCCACGGAGCCGAUACUGAGCCGAUUUCGACCAACGCGCUCCACUACGGCCUGGCUUUGGGAACCAUGCGGCAUGGCUCACCUUGGAAUUGGGCCGUCACCCUGUUGUCAUCGGCAGUGCGCCGCUCCAUUUCAUUGAGCCCCGCGCUUGUCAGCGCAGCUACAGAUUGUCUUGAGGUGGAGGCCAAAUGGCAGGUGGCUGUGUCCCUGCUGACGCGAAUGAUGGAUGCAGAGAUUUGGCCAGAUCAAAUCUGUUUCAGCGCAGUACUUCGUGUUCUUGGUGCGGCUGGGCAGUGGCCGUGGGCUUUCUGGCUUCUUGAAGAGAUGACCAGGUGUCGCACGGCGCCCGACGCGAUCACGUGGAACACAGCCCUCAGCGUCUGCGAGAAAGGCUCAGCUUGGCUACAAGCGCUUCAGCUGCUCCGAAGCGCUGGAUCCGCGAGCUUCCAGCAGGGCGCAGUGGGCUUCACCUCUGCCAUUGGCGCUUGCAGCAAGGCCGAGCAGUGGCAGAGUGCAUUGGACACGCUUUCGACGCUCUUUUGCAGUGGCGGUGGCGAUCGACCUGCGUUGAACGCGGCCAUGUCCGGGCACUGGGCCAAGGCUUGCGUCCUACUCUCUCCCUCAGAACAGCUGGCGCCCAAUGAGGUGUCCUUCGGUGCCGCAUUGCGCUGUUUGGAUACAUGGCCUAGGGCAACAGCUCUGCUGCAGGUAAUGCCCUCCAGGCGCUGCUUUGUAAAUGAGAUUUGCUUUGGCUCGGCGAUCUCUGCUUGCGAAGACUCAAGGGGAUGGGCCGCCAGCAUCCAGCUGAUCGAAACAAUGCCGGAGAGGAAGUUGGUCGCAAAUGAGGUUUGCUUCAAUGCGGCGAUCGGAGCUUGCGGUGGCGCAGGGGAGAUCGAGGCUGCUAUCGACCUCCUCGACGCCCUCCGCCACCGACGUUGUGCAGGGCCCACAAGCUUUGCAACUGCCAUCACCGCCUGCGCUCGCCGGGGGCAGUGGCAGAGAGGUUUCCUGCUUCUUGCAGAGAUGGCCGAGAACAAGAUCCAGCCAGACGAGUUCUGCUACGGUGCCGCCAUGGCCGCUUGCGAACGCAGCCACCAAUGGCAGUGGGCUGUACACCUGCUGGCUACCAUGGAAGAUGCCGAGGUCCCAGCCUCCCAGAUCUGCUUCAACUCUGCGAUCAGCGCUUGCGAGAAGCUGCGGAAGUGGGAGAUUGCCAUCCAUCUCCUCGCAAGCAUGCCCCUACGGCGCCUGGCUGCUGACGCCUUCGCCACGAACGCUGCUCUGAGCUCAUGUGGUGCCAGCAGCCGCUGGGAGGAGGCGCUCAGUCUGUUCGCUGCCCACGGAAGCCCCGACACGGUGGCGUGCAAUGCGCUCCUCACGGCGUUCCAGACUGCCUCUCAGUGGCAGCAGGCUCUGGAGUUCAUGGAGCAUCUCCACCAAGGGAGCGGAAUCCAGCCAGACAUGAUCUCGUAUGCAGCUUGCAUUGCAGCCGUUGCGCCUCGGUGGCCUCAUGCCACGCACUUGCUCGCGGACCUCCGAAACGGCAGUCUUCUGGAGGUUACACCGGCCUUGGCGACCGCCGUUGCUCCUUUACUGGUGGUCGGGGAGCAGUUUGUGCAGCUGGCAGAGGAGUUGGACGACUGCGCUGGCUGGGUCAAGGUGCUACGGCCUUGA